GAAGCCACCAAAAAAAAAAAAAAAAGGGUUUGAAAAAAUAAUAUUAAAUUUGAUUAUUAAUCCACCAAGGACCAUAGCCAAGAAGAAACGGCAUAAUUUCUGAAACCAUAUAUAGAAAAAUCAAUUAAACACCUGGCUUCAGACAUAUUCAAUAUGAAGUUCCAUACCUUAGAGGCUCCCAGUGGAAAAUACCCACCACCCAACACACACAUCAAGGUUCUUCUAAUAGCCCUUACCUUAUCUCUCCUCACUGUCAUCCCUCUAUGUCUAAACAACAGUCCAAGUUCACCAUUGCCAUCUCCAGAGAGUGAUAUCAGUAGUUUGAAAAGCAUAGAACAAGGCAAAAAUAAUAUCAGUGGUUUGAAAAGCACAGUACCAGGCAAAAAUUGUGAUGUAUUUAGAGGAAAUUGGGUUCCAUACCCCAAUGGAACUUAUUACACAAAUACAUCUUGCAGUAUGAUUAUUGAUCAACAAAACUGCUUGAAGUUUGGGAGACCCGAUACAGAGUUCUUGAAAUGGAGGUGGAAACCAGAGGAAUGUGAGCUACCGUUCUUUGAUGCUGUUCAAUUCCUGGAGCUUGUCAGAGGGAAGUCAUUGGCCUUCCUAGGGGACUCCGUUGGAAGGAAUCAAAUGCAGUCAUUGCUGUGCCUCUUAUCCAGUGUGGCUUAUCCUGAGGAUCUUUCUCAUGAUUAUUCUUCAAACACAGACUAUUUCAAGCGCUAUUUAUACACAGAUUACCAGUUUACUAUAGGAACACUCUGGGCUCCAUUUUUAGUUAAAUUCAAAGAAGCAGACCCCAGUGGUUAUUCCUUCAACAGCAUCAUGAACCUCUACUUGGAUGAACCAGACGAGGCAUGGGCAACAGAGGUUGAAAAGUUUGACUAUGUGAUUGUUUCAGCUGGACAAUGGUUCUUUCGACCUUUAUUACUCAGCGAAAAUGGUCAAGUUAUUGGAUGUUCAACGUGCCAAAAAGAGAACAUCACAGACCUCACACCCUACUAUGCAUACAGGAAUGCUUUCCGAACUGUCUUUAGAACACUUCAGGGACUUAAAAACUACAAGGGGGUGACAUUUUUGAGGACGUUUUCUCCUGCACACUUUGAGAAUGGAGCAUGGAAUGAAGGAGGAAAUUGUGUAAGAACCAAGCCUUUUACCAAAGAGGAAAUGAAGUUGGAUGGAUAUAUGUUGGAGAUGUAUUUGAAUCAAGUUGAGGAACUGAAGGCAGCAGAGAAACAAGGAAGGAAAAUGGGUUUACAGUUUAGGCUGCUAGACACAACCGAAGCUAUGUUGUUGAGACCUGAUGGACACCCAAACUACUAUGGACGUUCACCACACAGAAACAUGACACUAGCUGACUGUGUUCACUGGUGCUUGCCAGGCCCCAUUGAUACCUGGAAUGAAUUUUUGCUGUAUAUGUUGAAGACAGAGCAGAGUUCCUAGAUGAGAAGACUGAAAAAUGUUGAAUCAGAACAUAUACAUAUUGUGUAAAGAAAGAUGUAGUUAUUCAUUUUUUUUCACAGUGUGAUCACAUAUAUUUAUAUAUAUUUAUUUAAAGCUGUAUACAUACGGAAAAUUGUCAGUUAAGUAUAUUCAAGCGUACUUUGAUCAGCCUGGAUUGGAUUGCCGGCUACUUCCAUAAUUCUGCGACUUCUAUUCUUUUGCUUCCAUUUGCUGCAGACUUCAAGAUUAACCGAAAAAAGGGGGG